AUGAACUCUGGAAUCGGAUCAACUCAGACCAUCCACUGUGGCUAUUUUGAGAUGGGCAAGCAAGGACCACGCGGUGCAGCUGGAUUGCAAGGGCCCAAAGGGACACAGGGUGACAAGGGCCCCCCAGGCCUUCUAGGGAUCCCAGGGCCUCAGGGACCACAAGGCUUGGAAGGAAGCUAUGGAUUCCCAGGUCUUCCAGGUUUACAGGGCCCAACUGGGAAGGAAGGAUCCCCUGGAGCCAAAGGAGAACCAGGAGCAAGUGGAUCUCUUGGUUUAAGAGGGGCACAUGGACAGGAAGGCCCAAAGGGGGUGACUGGAAUUCCAGGAUCUCAAGGACUUCUUGGGAACCAAGGGGACCGAGGCUUAAAAGGUGCCAAAGGAGAUGCUGGAAGGAAAGGUGAACAGGGUGCUCUCGGUCUCCAGGGGAUAAGAGGACCUCCAGGUUUUCAUGGACCUUCUGGCUUCCAAGGAUUUCCAGGCCAUAAAGGACUACCAGGUUUUCCAGGAUCUGCGGGAGAAGAAGGUCCAAUCGGUUUCUCUGGUCAAAAUGGCACCAAAGGAUUUAAGGGCAAUAAAGGGCCGGAUGGCAUCCGUGGAAGGUCAGGACCACAAGGUAGCAAAGGCAGGAUGGGUCAGCGUGGGCUUGUUGGACUUCCCGGAUCUCCAGGUUUACGAGGUGCUCCAGGAAUCGUCGGUGCAGAAGGAAAAGCUGGUAGACAGGGCCUCGCUGGGAACGUGGGAAGUCCUGGUCCAGUUGGUUUGGCGGGUCCUCUGGGUUUGCAAGGAGCCCAAGGACAUAAUGGUGCUCCAGGAUCAAUUGGUUCCCUGGGAAAACCAGGAGAAAAUGGCAAUCCAGGUUUCCCAGGACUGAUGGGCUUUCCUGGAAAACCUGGCCCAGCUGGGCCACAAGGAGCUGUUGGCAUCAACGGCUCUCCAGGAUUAAUUGGAGACAGAGGCCAACCAGGACUUGAGGGCAGAAAGGGAGAACUUGGAAUCCAAGGCCCUCCAGGCUGUCCAGGGACACAGGGGUCCAAAGGUCCAACUGGACUUCCUGGCCUGAAAGGUCUUGCCGGCCCGCAGGUGUGGGGCUCCCGUAUGGACAUAAUGUCUUCCCCUCGCUCAUUUCAUGUGAUAUUUUUCACAAAUCAUCUUCUUUUAAUGACCCCAUAA